AUGGCACAAAUUGGAUUCAAAGAUGAAGUACCUAAAGAACAAAAUGCACACUUAUUUGUUUUAGUCCAUGGGUUAUGGGGAAGUCCAAAUCAUAUGCUGACUAUUGAGAGAUCAUUAAGAGAAUUAGUACAGGAAUGUUCGGAUGAAAAGAUAGUGACGUUGAAACCUUCUUCAUUUCGGUUUUGGAAGACUUACGACGGAUUGAAACUAAACGCUGAAAGGGUUAUCAGGGACAUAUUUUACGAAAUCGAGACAUUAAAACAAAAGAGUAAUUAUAAAGUCGUUAAAUUUAGCUUGGUGGGCUAUUCUCUAGGGGGGUUGAUAUCUAGAUACCUUAUUGGUGUGUUGAAUGAUAUUGGAUUUUUUGAAAUGGUAGAGCCUGUAUUUUUCACCACCUUCGCAACUCCACAUGUUGGGAUCCAAUUCUUCAACGAUAACAUCUUUGACCACACUGCCAAUUGGGUGGGCCAAUAUCUUUUUGGUAAGUCUGGGCGCGAAAUGUUCGUGACUGAUCAUGAUAAGAUGUUGAAGAAAAUGGCAGACCCUGAAGAAGUCUAUUAUAAGGGUCUCGCUAAAUUUCGAAAGCAUAUAUUGCUAUCAAAUGUUAAAAAUGAUAGAACAGUUGCAUUUUAUACAUCUUUUAUAACCGAAUAUUCACCGUUUGAUAAUUGGAGCAAUGUGAAGAUUAAGUAUUUGAAGGGCUUACAACAAUCGAGAGUGGGCAAAAUAUAUGUUAAGCCCAAAUUUGUUGAUUUAAAGAGAUCAAGUCAAAUGACGAGAACUGAGGAUGAAUUAUUUGCAGGUAAUAUUCAAGAACAGACCUCCAUAUUCCGUUCAAAUAAGAUUUUCAGAUUUUUAAUUAUAUUUCUGGUGUCAUUUUUCUUGCUACCAUUUUGGAUUCCAUUAGUUUUGAUAUCUAGUUUGGUUGCUUCUAUUUACAGUAUGAUUAAGAUCAGAGUUAUUCCCGCGCCAAAAAUUAAGCUGCAUUGGCAGAGGGUACUUAAUUCUGUAUAUGGUACAUCUCCGGUAGAUAUCGAAGAUGCAAAAAUUGGAUUGCAAAAUAGAGAUGAAAGAAAGUCCAUGUCUAGACAGAAUUAUUUCAAGGGUGACACGUCUGAAUUAACUGAAAACACAAUGGAAGGUUUAAUGUACGCCGAAGAAAGAUUUAUUGGUAAAUCAUCCGACGUCAUUCAGGAAGAGGAAGGCGAUGAACCUAAUACCAUUGAGAACAAUGUAAACGAUGAAGAUAAUUCUGGUGACAAUCAUGACGAAAUAGAUGAUUAUGAUGAAAGUGAAUCUGAUCAUGAAGAUUAUGAACGAACUUCAAUAUUGUCUAAGAGUACCAAGAAAAAAGUUGUCGAAGUCGAUACUAAGUCAAAUGAUCAGUCAAUUCGCCAGCAUUAUUCUACCUUAACCCAAUGGGAAAAUUCCACUUUUCCAUUGUUUACAAAGGGUUGUAGAUUACCUAUAAAUGAAGAUAAGCAGUUUAUCAUUGACUCCUUGAAUAAAAUCAACUGGAUCAAGAUACCUGUUUAUAUAGAUGCAUGGAAUUCGCAUGAUGGAAUAGUUGCUAGGCGGGGUCCAAGAACAAACCCAAAAGGUGUUUCUACUAUAUGUUUAUGGGCUUCUAUUUUAAGGAAUCACUUGAAUGAGGCAGAAACCUAA